AUGUUUGUCGUGGACACCCAUAAGACUGACCUCGCAUUGCUCGACAGGUUCCCCGAUUACCUUGAUCCCUUCGAGCCCCGCGAACCGCCCAUCAUGGGGUCCAUCGCCCCCAAGCCCAAGCCCCUGCUGCAUAUUCAGUCGGAAGAGUCCAGCCGCGGCCCCUCGCCACAGCCCACGCACUUCAGCGUUCCCCUGGCAUCAAAUCCCAAUGGCAAUGGCCACCGAACACUGCGGUCGGCCACCGUCGGCUACGUUGCUCCCGAGUUCACCGGCAAGGUCGAGCAGAUGAAGACUGUCAAGGACAUCAUCAUCAAGGCCGGAUGGAUCCCUGAGCCGCUCGUCGAGGAGGAGAUCUGCUGGUUCUACGAGCAGCUCGGCAUCGACGACGUGUACUUCCACAUCGAGACCCCAGACGUCAUUGCCAGCCAGAUCACGUCGCUCUACGCCGCCAAGGUGGCAGCCUACUCGCGCGAAGACAAGCAAGAGGAGAUCCGCCUCGACAUGGAGGCCAAUGACCACGCCAUCUAUAUCGACACGAGCGAGCCCGGCACGCGCAACGUCAGCGGCCCCAGGUACGAGUCGCGUCUCGAGGCCAAGUACCUGGACCACCAGGGCAAGACCAAGUAUCGCGUCGAGACCUUCCGCUCCCCGGCCGUCAUUGGUGCUAGUCCCACCUCCAAGGCCACUCUCCGAUGCUAUUUCGUCUACCAGUGCCAGUUCAAGCAGAGCCCGGAGGCGACGGAUCCCAACGAGACCAACAUUGAGCUCAUCUCAGACACCGGCUUCUGGCAAAAGGCCACGGACAACACCAAGCAGAUUUACCAGGAAAUCAUUGAGUUGGCGGUCAAUAGAACUGGCUCCGUCAUUGAAAUCUUCGACAUCGAGGGUUCACCCGAGAAGCGCCUCGUCAUCGCCUUCCGCACCCGCACGGCCCGAGGCAUGUUCUCGGCCCUGAGCGACCUCUACCACUACUACGGCAUCACCAGCUCGAGGAAGUAUGUGGAGCAGUUCUCCAACGGCAUCACUAUCAUGAGUAUCUACCUCCGACCCGCCAUGCACCUGGAGGGUUAUUUCCCACCCAUCGACGAGUCGAUCCACCAGAUUGCAAAGGAGAUUUCUCUCCUUUACUGCCUGCCUCAGAACAAGUUCCACAACCUCUUUGCUGUGGGAGACUUGAGUCUUCAGGAGGCCGUCUAUGCCCACUCCGCAUGGGUCUUCGUGCAGCACUUCCUCAACCGAUUGGGUCCCGAGUAUGCAUCCCUGUCCGACAUCUUGAACCCCGGCAACACGGCACAGGCUGCCCUCUUGUCGAGGCUCAAACGUCGCCUGCGAACCGAGACCUUCACUCCUGAUUACAUCCUGGAGAUUAUCCAGACAUACCCUGGCCUCGUGAGGUCAUUGUAUGCCUCAUUCGCCAGCAUUCAUCUCGGCGGCGGCCCCGAUGCGAACAUGUACACGGUGCCGCCGACACCCGUGGUUGAGAUCCUGUCCGACGAGAAGCUCAAGGAAACAAUCUCCAUGACGGUUUCCAACGAGCACGACGAGAUGGUCAUGACUGCGUUCAGGGUGUUCAACAAUGCAAUUCUCAAGACCAACUACUUCACCCCGACCAAGGUUGCUCUCAGCUUUCGUUUGGACCCAGCCUUCCUUCCCGAGGUUGAGUACCCUCGCCGACUCUACGGCAUGUUCCUCGUCAUUGGUGCCGAGUCCAGGGGCUUCCACUUGCGCUUCAAGGACAUUUCCCGCGGCGGUAUCCGCAUUGUCAAGUCCCGCAGUAAGGAGGCGUACGGCAUCAACGCGCGCAAUCUUUUUGACGAGAACUACGGACUGGCCAACACACAGCAGCGCAAGAACAAGGACAUUCCCGAAGGCGGUUCCAAGGGCGUCAUUCUCCUGGAUCCUAAGCAGCAGGACAAGGCCCAGGAAGCAUUUGAAAAGUACAUUGACAGCAUCCUGGAUCUGCUUUUGCCGGCCGUCAGCCCGGGCAUCAAGAACAAGCUGGUGGAUCUUUACGGCAAGGAGGAAAUCAUCUUCAUGGGCCCCGACGAGAACACGGCCGACUUGGUCGACUGGGCCACAGAGCACGCAAGAACCCGCGGCGCGCCCUGGUGGAAGUCAUUCUUCACUGGCAAGUCGCCGAAGUUGGGCGGCAUUCCACACGACAAGUACGGCAUGACGACGCUGUCGGUGCGCGAGUACGUCAAGGGCAUCUACAGGAAGCUUAACCUGGACCCCUCCAAGGUCAGGAAGAUGCAGACUGGCGGCCCUGACGGCGACUUGGGCAGCAACGAAAUUCUGCUGGGCAACGAGAAGUGGACGGCCAUUGUCGAUGGCUCCGGCGUGCUGGCCGACCCCAACGGCCUGGACAGGGAAGAGCUGCUCCGCCUGGCCAAGAAGCGUGCCAUGAUAAGCGAGUACGACAUGUCCAAAGUCUCCAAGGAUGGGUUCCGCGUCCUAUGCGACGACAACAACGUGGUCCUUCCCAGCGGCGAGCUGAUCACCAACGGGACGUCUUUCCGAAACACGUUCCACUUGCGCGACACGGGCAUGACGGACGCCUUUGUGCCCUGUGGCGGCCGCCCCGAGUCGAUUGAUCUCAUCUCGGUCAGCAGGCUGAUCAAGGACGGCAAGACGACAAUUCCCUACAUUGUGGAAGGUGCCAACUUGUUCAUAACCCAGGACGCCAAGCUUCGUCUCGAGGCUGCAGGCUGCAUUUUGUACAAGGAUGCCUCGGCGAACAAGGGUGGAGUCACAUCAUCCUCGCUCGAGGUGCUGGCUUCCCUUUCGUUUGACGACGAUGGCUUCGUGCAGAACAUGUGCUGCGACGCCAAUACCGGGGAGGCGCCGCAGUUCUACAACGACUAUGUCGGCGAGGUGCAGGCCAAGAUUUGCGAGAAUGCUCGGCUCGAGUUUGAGGCCAUCUGGCGCGAGCACGAGGCCACUGGCACGCCGCGAUCCGUCUUGUCGGACAAGCUGUCGCUCGCCAUCACGGACCUAGACGAGGAGCUGCAGCAGUCGGACCUUUGGACUAAUGAGAAGAUCCGGCACGACGUGCUCAAGGACGCACUCCCUGCAUUACUGCUGCAGAAGAUUGGGCUGGAGACGAUUGUGUCCCGUGUGCCCGAGAGCUAUCUGAGGAGCAUCUUUGGCAGCUACCUGGCCAGUCGGUUCGUCUACGAGUUUGGUAGCGAGCCCAGCCAGUUUGCCUUCUUUGACUUCAUGUCGAAGCGGAUGGCAAGAAUGGAUGGGAGGACGGAUUGA